AUGACUGAAUCUCAAGUGAUCCUCAUCACAGCCGGCCCAUAUCAAUUCCUCGCCACUUUCGAAUCGGACGCGCCCAAAACAAGCGCAUGUUUCCGCGGUCUACUUCCCUACCGUCAGAAGCUUAUCCAUGUCCGCUGGAGCGGCGAGGGUCUAUGGAUACCACUGGGUGAAACGAAUUUUGGUGUUUCUUACGAGAAUCACACUUCUCACCCAUCAGCCGGGCAGAUUUUGCUCUAUCCAGGUGGCAUUUCAGAGACAGAAUUUCUAUUUUGCUAUGGAGGGGUCUCGUUUGCAAGUAAGAUGGGUCCCCUGGCGGCGAAUCAUUUCCUUACAAUCAAGGAAGGAAAUGAGAAUUUGAAAGCGCUGGGCGAAUUGGUCUUGUGGAAGGGCGCUCAGGAUGUGGUUUUUGAAGUAGCCGAUGAAGAAAAAAUUCGCAAGUUCCGAAGCAAGCCAUUUGCUAAGCUAUAG